CCGGAGAACGACUUAAAUGUUUUAGUUGCUACUAAUUCUCUUUAAGUGGUAACCCUGCAACAAUAAUCCCACUUAAGUGGUAUUUGAUGCAAUUAACCCUCAAAUUGGUGUGUCCAUAUGGCCGGAGGGGUUUAGUAAGCGGCGCUAGUCACCUGAUCCGCACUCACCGGCGACGAAUGAUCGUAGAGAGUAGCUUGGCGCCAGUACACGCGGUGCUAAACGCACGGCCACAAAUCUUAAUCCUGAACAGAAAGAAACGACAAUCGAAACGACUAAACCACCUCCGCAACCCGCCAUCGGUAACACCGGGACGACGGCGCCUGGCAAGCCAGUUUAGCUAGCCAAUCAAGAGCGAUUAGCAAUCAAACGACCGCGGCCACCUUUUCUCCACCGGCGGCAUCGAUGGAUCUUGGUUCGUCUUACUAUCACUCCACCCGCUAUGCUGCUUCUCACCCUCCGCCGCCUGCGCCUCCUCCGCCUUCUCACCGCAUUCCCGCUCACCCUGGUUUUUACGAUCUCCCACCUCCGCCGUCUUAUCCACCUCCUGCCUCCCAGCCUCAGUUCAAGCCCCAAAGUUCCCAAUUCUUGAUCCACGCCACCAGCGUGAUCGAGCCUAAUGACACCGUUCACGAUGAUUACUAUUCGAUAUCGCAUCAGAGCUCCCCUCAGUCCCCUCGGGCCUUGCAUCCUGGACCCCGUGAUAGCGAUAUUCCUCGCCGAUUGCCGGAGUUCGACCAUUACAGCCGAGAUAGCCGUCCCGAUUUCAGAGAUUCACCUAGGGUUUUGGUUGAUAGUCGACGAAGAUUUGACUUCGUGCAGGAUAGAUAUGGAAGGGAGGUAAAUAUGGGUUCUGUCUCCCCUGUUAGGAUUAGGCGUGAGCUGGAUGGCAAGUCUAAAUUUUUGGGAGAUGUGAACGGUAGGACUGAGGACAGUACGAGAAAGGAGGGUUUUCUGGGCCGUGAUGGUUCUGAAUACCAUCAUAGUCGUGAUCAACACCGCUCUCCCAGGGAUUACAUGGUUGCGCUGCAUCAUCAUAAUUCAAAUUCGAGAGUUUUUUACUCGGAUUCAGUGGAUUAUGAGAGACGGCCUGGUUUGAUUUCUGAUCAUGGCAGAGUGAGUGAAAAUCACAGGGUGAUACAUGAUAGAGAAGUUAGGAGAGAUGUCUCCCACUCCAUGGUUGUGAUGGGUAACAAGGAGUUCUCUCAUGGCGAUCAUCUUCGAACAAGCUCAGGGAAACGAGAGCACUCCAAUAGCAGAGAAGCAAAUGUGGGCUCGGAAUGGCAUAAUGGCAAGGUUAAUAGAGAGGAUCGCAAGUGGUGCAUGGAAAGUAGUUAUGAGUUUAAUCAUACGCCAAAGAAGCAAAUACCAAAGAAGAGUGCUUUUCUUAGGAUUCAGAAGCCUAUGUUCAAGAAUAAGAACAAGACUCAUUUCUCUGGUUACUAUGGUGAUAGCAAAUCUGGUGCUAGGAGUAAAGACCAUAGUUCAUAUUCUGAACCAGUGACAGAAGAUGAGAUAAGGGGGGAAAACCCUGUUCAGAUCGAUGUGUCUUUCAAAUUAGACUCACUCGUUGCCAAGCCAAUUGUCAAACCUUCAACUUCUGUUAGUGCAUCAAUGGCAAGUCCUGUACCUAGGAAUAGUAAAAUUAGGGAAGUGGGCAUGUCCGAGAAGGAUAGUUUGAGCCGAUCUCGUUCAAAGCCAAGUAAUGUUGCUAUUAGAUUGAACUCUGUAGUUGUGAAAAAUGCAGAAAGUCCUUGCAAGGACCUUGAACAGUCCAAAGAGCAAGUCAGAGCUUCUACUCCUGUUAAGAUUCACACUAGUUCUGUGCCUGGUUCCUGUGGAAACGGCGUGACAUCUGGAGAGGCUAUGUUGGAUGGUUCGGGAAAGUACAAUCCACCAGAUGGAGGAAGUUCAAUUAUUUCACGCAGUGCUUCUUCGGAGACCGUUGCAAAGAAGAGAAAAGUAGUGAGACAAUUGGUCAAGAAGAAUGUAAAAGUUGGGUUGUCAAGUUCACAGAAAGCAAAGUUUCCUGAUGAACCCUCAAGAGGAGAAGACAAUGAUUAUAGCACACCUUUUUCCUCAUGUUCACAGACAGUAAAACUGCCAGAUGAACCUCUACGAGCUGAAUGCUGUAUUGAUAGCUCACCUAGAGUAUCUGGUUCUGAGAAAUCUUAUCUCGUAGAAUCAGCUGAAGUUAUCAGCUCAAAGUGUUGUUUGAGUGAAGGUACCACUCUUCUUGACCAUUGCCUACCUUUGCCCUCUGAGUGCAAGAACCAUGCUGAAGUCGCUUCAGUUGACAGCAGUGGUUUCCAGGUCUAUCCAAAAGAUUUUCCUGUGAUGCUUGAGAAUGACAUACUUGAGACAUUGGAGAAGGCUGUGGUAUCUGAUGAACCAAACUCCAAUGAUAGCUUUUUACAUGAUGCUUCCGUUGCAAUUGGUGAGUUGCAGCUCUGUACAAAUUAUUUACUUGUGAGGUGUGAUAAUGACAAGCUUGAGACAUUUGAGAUGGCUGUGAUAUCUGAUAAAUCAGACUCAGUUGAGAAUUGUCUAAAUGAUCCUUCAGUUGAAGUUGGCGAUUCACAGCACUACCUGAAUGAAUUACCUGUCAGACUUGACGCAUCAGAGAAGGCUAUGGUGUCCGAUAAACUAAACUUUGAUGGCAAUCUUGUACAUGAUGCUCCAGUUGAAAUAGGUGAUUCACUGCUCUGUCCAAAAGGUCUACCUCUCAUGACCAGGAACAGGAAGCUUGAGGCAUCAGAGAAGGCUAUGAUAUCUGAUAAACUGAAUUCAGAUAAGAAUUUUGUGCAUGAUGCUUCAGUUGAAAUUGGCAAUCCACCACUCUGGGUGAAUGAUGUACCUGUGAUUCCUGAGAGCGAGAAAAUUGAGUCAUUAGAGAAAGAUAACACAUCUGUUAAACCAAUUCCCAAUGAGAAUUCUAUGCAUAAUGCCUCCGCUGAAAUUAGCGAUUCAAUGCACUGGCCAAAUGAUUCACAUGUGAUUCCUGUGUCUGACAACGAGACAUUUCAGAAGGCUAUGUUAUCAGUUAAACCAAACACUGAUGUGAGUUAUGUCCAUGAUGCUCCGUCCGAGGACAUGCAUGUCAUUAUUAUUGGCAGAGUGGAGGGUAAUCUGUCAACUGACUCGAAUGUCUCUGAUGUCCCUAGCACAGGUGUAGGACUAUCCUUUUUGAAUGGAAAAGGUGGAACACCACUACAGGGUUUUCUUUCUGAAGAACAACAAGCAAAUUUUAAGUCAGAGAGAAGUAAAAUUAUCAAGGAUCCUAAAAAUUCACGUAACAUGGAUGCCUACCUGCAAGAAGGUUCUGUUGUUUCUGAUUCCGUCAUCAACUCUCCAGGCAAGGGCGAUUUGACAGAGCUGUCAAACGCAUUUCGAGAGAAUGGUCAGAAUCAACGUUCAAAUGCCAGUAUUGGGCUUGCCGAGCAGUGCAAUGAGAUUUUCUAUCAUCCGAAUUCAGACAAUGUGGGUGUUGCGAGUGUUACUGCUACUGCAGUGUAUUCUAAUCAUGGUAUCUUAGGUUCUGAUAAUAGCUCUUCUAGCCAUGGGAUUAGAUACCACAUUGUCAGGCAGUCUUCUCCGAACGAAGUUACCAUGGCAGUUGAAAAUUCAACCCUAAGGUGCUUAAGUGAUAGAAGCUGUGCAAAUGAAGGUUGUAAUACACCUAAGCGGGACAACUGUAUAAAAAAUGGUGAAUUGAAUUCUUUUGGCUUUUCCAGAUUAGGAGUUGCAGACAUGGAGCUUGCAAAUGAGCCCAAUUCAGCAACAUGGGUUGAUACCAGUUUGAGGCUAUCUUUCAAAGAUUCUACCACAGAUUUUAAGGACAGUAGUUAUGUUGGCUUACGACCUGGGAUUGAUGGAAUUGAUGUUGGCAGAUCAGGUAGUUUGACAGCUGCUUUGGUAGGUAAGGUCUUGAGUAGCAGGCCUGUCAUUGUUGAGUUAGAUGACAGUUUUCCAGGGUGUAAAAAGAAGAGAAAAAUCUCAGCCUCCGAGCUAGAUCUAUAUUUUGAAUUUGCAUCACAAGUUAAUGAAAUAGCUACUAGUACAAGUGUUCUUACUGCUGGUGCUGAAGUGAUUUCAGAUUCUAGCAGUGAUCCAACCAAAUCAGAAGUUGCAGUGUCCUUCGUGGAACCUUUGUGUACCUUAGAUUGGUCAGGUUCGCGUAAGGGGUUUAAUGAAGGAGGUAUUGGUGUGGGAGUGUCUCCAUCCCAAGUUAAUGGAAGAGAGAUGGAUGUCAGUAUGCGUACUCCUGGUGUUGCAGUAUUAUCCCAUUCUUGCAGUGAUCCAAGCCAACCAGAAGAUGUUACACUUCCUUUCAUGGAUCCUCUAUGUACUUUAGAUCGGUCAGGUUCAGAUAAGCGGUUUAAUGAAGGAGAUAUGAGCAUGGGAGCAUCUGCAUCAAUGGUUAAUGGAGGAGCUAAAAGUGGAUGUCUGCCUACCCAUGAUGUUGAAGUACUCUCCCAUUCUUGCAAUGAUCAAAGCAUGGAAGGUCCACCACUUUCUGUGGAUCCUUUAUGUGCCUUAGAUUGGUCAGAUUCACAUAAGCAGCAUAAUGAAGGAGAUGUGAGCAUGGCAGUGUCAGCAUCGGCAGUGGAAAUUACCUCCAGUUUUGAAAGUAGUCCCACUCAUUCCGAUGUGGAUAUUGCAAUCUCUAACAUAACAUAUCCAUGUACAGCAGAUUUGCAAUUUUCAGAGAUAGGGAAUUCUAUGUUGGUCGACAAUCAUCCAAUGGGAAGUUGUUUUAACACCAAAGGCUCGAUUGACAGGGUUCAUUAUGAGGAUAAAAUAUAUAUGCCUAGAUUUGCUCUUCCAAAAGUGCAAAACCUCUUCCCCAGUUGUGAAGGCAGAAAGACUGAACAUGCAACUAUAGUUAUGAAUGACGGAAGCUUUCAAAUCUACUCCAUUGAUUUUGAAAGUGGUAAUGAACGAGUGAUAGAACCAGAGGCUCUUGAAGACCAAGUAGUUACUAAUAAUAAGAGUACUCACUCUCAGUGUCAUAUUCAUUCAGAAGUCAAGUCUCCAAUGUCAAAUGAGGCUUUAACUGCUGUCAAUAUGGAGACUGACAUUUCUUAUCUUGAGAAGAACAAUCUGCCAUCUGUGUCGAAUCAUCCUUCUUUGUCUGCAAACCUCAAUGAUCAUAUCACAGCGAUUUUUUCUGACGCAGACCAAGUUCUUACAAAUAAUGAGAGGGCUCCGGACCAUCUUGCUUCAGAUUUUCAUUCUCCAAUGGCAAAUGAAACACUGACUGUUGUAGGUAUGGAGACUAGCACUUCCUAUCUUAAGAAGGUCAAUCUCCCAUCUGGAUCAAAUCGCUUUUCUUUGUCUGAGGAGCUCAAUCGUCAAAACAUGGAUAUUUUGCCUGAUGUAUCUGGAGUUAGUUAUCCAGAGAAGUUGGCUGAUGACGCUGAGACUUCCUUAUAUGAAACUUUAACAGGGAAGUCUUCCGGAAGCGAUGAAAUUCCAUCUGAGAAGCCUGCAACCGAAGUAGCGAACACACUUGAUCUGUGUUCCCAGAAUAGGAGAAUCAUGGUGAGCUCUGAUCAAGCUGUUGGAGGUGGCAUCUCAUUCUCAGGAAGGCCUCAAAAUCUUAUGUCAAAAGAUUCGCACGAUAUAAUUCACAAGCGGAGUUUCCCAAGUGAAUCAUAUGGAAAGAAGCACCAGUCUAGUAAUGUGAUUCGUAUGACUCAACCACGCAGCUCGUCUUUCGUUUUAACUACUUCGAGAAGUGCAGUCCAUUCAACACAUAUCUCAAAACCUCGAACAUGGCUUCGAAGUGACGCUUCCAAAGCUUCUACUCUCCCAGGACAGGAGGUUUCCUCAAGUAUUGUUGCCACACAAAGGCAAUAUCCUGCUGGGGCCCAGACUACAUCUUUUGUCCGAAAAGGGAACAGUCUUGUUAGGAAAUCUUCUCCAGUUGUAGCUCGAUCAGAAGGCUCUUCUGCUUCAGUCGCAGUCAACUAUAAUACAGCGUCUGACAGUAGAGUUGAUGUUCUUGGUGCAUCAGUUCUUAUCAGGGCUUUAGGGACAAAUAGUUCGAUAGAGAGACCCAGAACACCACCUUUGCCAAUUGUCCCUAAGGUGCCACACCGUAGUACCAACAUUUCGGUUGACCGUAGAUCUUCUCCUGUUCAGAGUCAUCUUGGUGAUUCCGUUGGAUCCAAGUCAGAUCCAUUAGUAGUUCCUGAGACUAAGGAUACACCAAAAUCUUCAGAAAGCAUGUUGGAAAUUUCCAAAGCUCCUGCGAUACUAACUGGUAAAGUUAAGAAUUUAGAAAACCCAAAUGAGGUAAAUGAAGGCAGAGUGAGGUCUUCCACUGCUAACAUAACCUAUGUUAAGGGGAAAUCCAACCAGCUUGCCACCUCUAGUCUCUCUGUUUUGUUGGCACAUGGUCCUUGUAAUAGCCAAGCUCUGUCCUCUGAAAGCUAUUACAAAAGAAGUAGAAAUCAGCUGGUUAGGACGACAUUGGAUGAUUGCAUAAACCCAGGAGAUAGAAAUUCUGAUGAUAGGUUGAACUUAGAAGGGCAUUAUGCCCUGGGUAUGAAAUCAAGAGGAAGUCUAACCAAGAGAAAGUUGCGCAAAGUUGUGACAAAGAUACAGAAACCCUCUAAGUAUCCUUUGGUCUGGAGGCUAAAUGGUACAAAGUCAUCAAAGGAUAGUGGUUACGCAUUGCACUGUCGAAGAAUCCUGCCUAACUUGUUUCCUUGGAAAAGGGCAACCUACCGGAGAAAUUUUGUUCCAAGUUCAUUAUCCAGUUCCAAUAUUGCUUAUAUAAUUAGUAAGAAAUUGCCUCUCUCAAGAAGCCAUGAUACCAUCUACACAAGGUCAAAGCAUGGGUUUUCACUCCGAAAAUCGAAGGCCUUAAGUGUUGGUGGUUCUAGCUUGAAGUGGUCAAAAUCCAUUCAAAGCCGCUCCAAGAAAGCUAAUGAGGAAGCUACUCUGGAAGUUGCUGCCUCGGACAAGAAAAAAAGAGAACAAAAUGGAGCUGGGGAUCUUGUUUCUGAGACCAAGAAUAGAAAUAAUUAUCCUAAUAAACUAUCAGCAUGUUCUGUGGCACCACAAACACAGAAGGAGGCCAAGAAACCAUACGUCCCAAAACGAUUAAUGAUAGGAAAAGAUGAAUAUUUCCGGAUCGGCAGUGGAAAUAAACUCAUUAGAAACCCCAAGAAGCGAAGUCGCAUCUUUGCGAGUGAAAAAGUUAGAUGGAGUUUGCACACUGCUAGGUCAAGGCUUGCUAAGAAGCGGAAGUACUGUCAGUUCUUCGCAAGAUUUGGCAAGUGCAACAAAGAUGAUGAUGGGAAAUGUCCAUACAUUCAUGAUCCCUCUAAAAUUGCAGUAUGCACUAAGUUUAUCAAUGGCUUAUGUUCCAAUGCUGACUGCAAAUUGACUCACAAGGUCAUUCCGGAAAGGAUGCCCGAUUGCUCCUACUUUUUGCUAGGUCUUUGCACAAACAAAAGUUGCCCAUAUAGGCAUGUGAAUGUCAACCGAAGUGCCUCUACGUGCGAGGAAUUUCUUAAAGGAUAUUGUGCUGACGGAAAUGAGGUAACUAUUCUGUCCCAUUAUUUCACUGUCAAAUGUUGAUUGUUUGCUCAUAAUGUAAUCGUGUGGGGUAUUUUAAACCCCAUGAUAUAUAUCUGGUACACUGAUAAUAGUUGGUGAACUUGUGGACUGUGGUGCAAUGUCUUCAAUGAAGAUAACAAAAUUUC